AUGGCCUUGGGACAUAACGUCAAGUCUUCCUCCUUGGACCUCCUCAUGGAAGAUCACUGCCCUGAAGAACUCAGCACGCCCGCUGCGGCACCAGAUGCGUCUCAAGCAGCAGCAAUGAUCAUCAACCCAAAUCCUAAAGACUGGACCGAAUCCAGCAAGUCGCUCCGAAGAUUCAAAUGCUUCCCGAAGUUGCCCAUUGAGCUCAGGUUGAAAAUCUGGGAUCAUGCAUUGCCCGAUGAGCACGUCAUUGAAGUACUCUGGAAUGAAACUACUUGGAGUUUCGCAACUGAUUGUGCCAUUCCGCCCGCCCUGCACGCCUGCUCCGAGUCUCGCACGAAUAUGCUGAGGCAUUAUACAUGUCUGGAGUUUAAUACCAGCAUGUUAUAUGAAGAUGAUGAGCCACAAGCCGAUAACUGUAUUUUCCGAACAUACAUCGACUUCACUACCGAUAUCCUCUACCUAUCCUAUGCUAGUUGUGCUCUAGAACGAGCUGGCUGGAACUUUCGUCACUUUUUGACCCAACUCCAGGAAAUCUCUCCAGACCUUCAACACAUCGCCUUCGACGUUCUCAAGCCCGUGGAUAUGGUAUCGUCAAAGCUCGUGAAAUUCAAGAAACUGCAGACCAUCAGCCUCGUCUUCAGUGACUACUUCCCCAAGAUCGGCUUGGUCUGGCAAAACCCUCCAAAACAGCAUCAUCAGCCAAUCACAUCUCACACUCUGAAGUACGAAGAAGAUUUGGAGCUACUCAGAUACUCUCCUAAGGGCGCAGGUGUAGACAGGAAGAUUGAUAGGAACGCGGGUGGCGAACUUUACCGCUCAUUGCGCCGUACCCUUGAGUUCAAGGGGCGUAUGUACAGUCAAACCCUCAUAGCCCAGCGUAUGGACAAAGAAAUUGUGGAUGAGUUGAAAUUCAAAGCCAUCGAUGUCCUGAGAGAGAGGAAAGAGUUCUCUAAGUACAAGGCCCUCCAACGAAAAGGAAAGACGGUAACGACCGGAUAA